AUGAUUCUGCCAAUGGCCGAGAGCUCUGAAACAGUCCUUUCUUCCAUUCUCGCUAUCGCCGCCCAUGACCUGGCAUCGGAGUACUCUCCAAAUGACCUGGGCCAUGGGACAUUCCAGCAGAUGUCGAAAAACUAUCAAAAUAAAUCUUUGUCUUUUUUGGCUCAGGAGUUGAACAAUCUUUCUACAUCAUCUAGGUCGGCACUGCAAGCGAGCACAACAUCUGCCUAUACACUUGCAUCCGUGAUUAUUCUCUGCAAUAAUGAGUUUAUGAAACCACAAGGCGCCGGGUGGAGGGUUCAUCUCUCCGCUGCGAGGGAGAUCAUCCUGGCGACAGGGAACCGACCGUCGCGACACCACCAGCUGGCCUGCAUUGAACAGUUCCUCAUGUUAGAAUUCUAUGAGGCUUCGGUGUGGGCUGAUUUGACGACAUUUGAUAACUACAACAUGGCUAUCAAGACUCCUCCUGCUAGCGCCGAGAACGCAGUCUUCACCGACUUCAUUCGGGUCAUUGACCAAAUCACCCGCCUUGAGCGUCUGAGAUUUUGUUCCGGGACGAUCGAGCAAGCUUCAUCACACGGCCCGAUGCAAGACAUCCAGUCGCAGAUUGAGUCGGCUAGAAACACCAUGAUGCGUCUCAGUGAAUCCAUUCACUUCUCCUCUGAAGAAGAUCAACAUGGCUUUGAACUGGUAAUAUGGAUGUACUACCAUGCAACUCUCAUUUACAGCCACCAAGCUUUAUCAGACGAUGCUACUGCUGGUGACGAUGUAUGCAAGUCUCGGUAUGAAAUCCUCCGCUAUGUACAAUUUCUCUCCGAGACUCGAGACGGCAUGUUCGCUCAGGACCUUGUCUGGCCACUUUUCAUGGCAGGAACUGAACUCCGAGGACAUCCCACCGGUCAAAAGGUUAUUCAAGAAUGUUUUGGCAAUGUCAUGCGUAUCAGCCGCACUUUGGACAGAGCGCGUGUUCUCUCCUUCGUUGAGACCUGGUGGAACGAGCCUGGUACUCAUACAUCUUGGAUUGACAUGGCUCGAAGGCAAUCUCAAUCUUCGCAGUGUGACAUUCUCAUUGUAUGA